AUGGCUCUGGAACAUCGGUUCACUAAACUUUCCUUGCAUGAGCAGGGAAAGGAUAUGGUCUCAGGUUCAUCACGCCCCAAGAAUCCAAAUGGUCUGCCAUACGAACUCGCUGUCAAACCAGAGGAUGUUCCAACUAUCCCCGACCCUGGCAUCUUCAAAUUUACGACACCGAUAAGUGUCGACCAUGAGCCCUCAAGAAGACGGAUGACUCCAGACUUGGCGCUGCCUACGCUGUCGGAAUGCGCUGCUCACCUCGAAUUCCUAGAGACGCUCUUCAUCUUGAGGCAGAAGAUCUUGGUUUCGACAGAACUUGACGAUGCGAUGCAGACUAAGCCUAUCAGAGAGACCAAGACCGGUCAUCAGGGAGAUGAGAAGACGCUCAAGGAUGACAAGCUUUGGGAACGAAGACAGGCGAAGUGGCCGAGAUUUGUUGAGCUUGCUACAGUUCGCUUUCUUGCGUGGCGAGAUCAUUUCAACAAGUCUUCGGAAAGAGAGAUUACACGAGAUAACCUCCCACCUCUUGAUAUACUCAUGGUCUGGCAUUCGUUUCUUCUCAACCCUCACAUGUUCUUCAAUACCUGUUCCAGAGAACCGCUCUUCUCAGUCAAGUUUCCCUGGAAACACAUUCAUCACGCCAUCGAUAAUACAGAGUGGGCUUUCACUCUACCUCCGGCAGCAGCAGCAAACUAUGAAGAAGCAUCAGGCUUCGCACCGGAUCUCUUCAAAGAUAUUAUCUCAUGGAAAGAUUUUACGUCCAGUACGCUUACGCACAUGUCGAACACCGGGUUUGGGGUCACUGGCUAUAGGCCCGCGGUCUACCAGAGCCCGUGUAUGGAAUACUCACAGCUCUUUCGAAAGUGUGACUCGGAAUUGGGGAAACAGCUGAGGGAUGCUGUUAUUCGUCAGGCUUCGUUUGUUGACAAGAUGAAUUCCUUCAUGUGGAUUCGGAGCCCAGCUCUGGAGGCAACCGUUAGACGAGCCAUUGCGCGUUAUCAGAACUUCUGCAAACUUCUCAAGAUGUCUAAAACCACUGUUGUGCCAACAUUGGAUAUUGACCUGGUCUGGCAUACGCAUCAAUGCACUGCCAAGUAUUACGGACAAGCGAUGAAGGUUUUGACAGGCAAGUUCGUCAACCAUGAUGACACCAUUGAGAAACCACAGUUGGGCGAUGGCUUUGGAGAGACGAGAAGAUUGUAUCGCGUGUACUUUGGACAAGAGUAUCGUUCUUGUGGGUGCUGGGACUGUCAGGCUCUUUUGACGGAACUUGAAAGGGCUGUGGAGGAUGGAACAGAUGUGGAUAUGGAUAAGAUUACGGCGAAGGUCAAGGAGGAUGUGUUCUAUUAUAGGGCUGUGGAGUGGUCUAGGAGGCACAAAACUAGCUUGCCAAAGCGAAGGGCCUGA